AUGGCAGCUUUCAACCUCACCCCCUCUGACCCUUCAACAUUCAUCCUAAUGGGCAUCCCUGGCCUGGAAGCUGGCCAUAUCUGGAUUUCCAUCCCUUUUGCUACUUUCUACAUUAUUGGCCUGUUGGAAAAUGUCAUGCUUCUGUAUGUUGUAAGCAAAGAGCAGACCCUGCACAAGCCAAUGUACCUGCUGCUCUGCAUGCUGGCACUUACAGACAUCGCCACAUCUACCACCAUCGUGCCGAAGACACUGUGUAUAUUUUGGUUCAAUUUGAAAAGCAUUACUGUGGCUGGUUGCCUCACCCAGACUUUCUUCCUUCCCACAGUUUCUGUUAUGCACUCAGCCGUCCUUGUGACAAUGGCCUUCGAUCGCUACGUUGCCAUAUGUAACCCUCUGAGAUACACCACCCUCCUCACCAAUGCACGAAUAGCUAAGCUAGGGCUUCUAUGUUUGAUCAAAGCUGUUCUCUUCAUUCUGCCUAUGCCCCUACUCCUGAACAGGCUGCCAUUCUGUUCCAACCACAUUAUCCCCCACACAUUCUGUGUACCUAUAGCUGUGGCGCAGAUGUCAUGUGGGGACAUCACACUCCACAGGACAUAUAGAUUGGUGAUAGUGUUUGUAGUCAGUGUGUUAGACCUCUCACUCAUUGCCCUGUCCUACGGUUUGAUCAUCAGGGCCGUCCUCAGAAUAUCUUCCAAGGAAGCCCACCAGAAAGCCCUGAAAACCUGCACAGCCCACAUCUGUGUGAUGCUGACGUAUUAUACUCCAGGCCUGUUUGUCAACCUAACACACCAGUUUGGUCAGGGCAUCGCUCCCCACAUUCACAUAAUCUUGGCCAACCUCUAUCUCCUCAUCCCCCCCAUGCUCAAUCCUAUAAUUUAUGGGGUGAAAUCCAAAGAGCUUCGUGACAAAUUGGGCAAAUACACAUACAAAAUGUGA